AGGGAGAGCAGAGACCGAAAGAGACCCCGAGAGAUAAAGCUAGAGGCGAGAAAUAAUAAAGGGGAGAGGGGAAGGACAGAGGGGGGCGGAGAGAGAGAAGAGGGAGAGAGAGGUGGGGAGACGGAGAGGGACGGGACCGGGAGGAAAGAGAGAUAAAGAGAAGCGGAGGGAAGGGAAGUGAGUUUGUGCGCGCGAGUGAGUGUGCGUGUGAGUGUGUAGGGGCGGGCGCGGGCGGUGGGGGGCGGGCUCCCGGGCUCCCCUCCUCCGCAGCCCGCUCCUCUCGCUCCCUCGCCAACUCCGGGCCCCAGCCGCGGGCGGGCGCACGGCGGGCGGACAGCAUGCUGAGCCUCCUCGUCUGGAUCCUCACUCUCUCCGAUACUUUCUCCCAAGGGACCCAGACCCGCUUCAGCCAGGAGCCAGCCGACCAGACUGUGGUGGCCGGACAGCGGGCCGUGCUCCCCUGUGUGCUGCUCAACUACUCGGGCAUCGUGCAAUGGACCAAGGAUGGGCUGGCGCUGGGCAUGGGCCAGGGCCUCAAAGCCUGGCCGCGGUACCGGGUUGUGGGCUCUGCGGACGCCGGGCAGUACAACCUGGAGAUCACGGACGCCGAGCUCUCUGACGACGCCUCUUACGAGUGCCAGGCCACCGAGGCCGCCCUGCGCUCCCGGCGAGCGAAACUCACCGUGCUCAUCCCCCCAGAGGACACCAAGAUUGACGGCGGUCCUGUGAUUCUGCUGCAGGCGGGCACCCCCCACAACCUCACGUGCCGAGCCUUUAAUGCCAAGCCCGCCGCCACCAUCAUCUGGUUCCGGGAUGGGACACAGCAGGAGGGCGCUGUCGCCAGCACGGAACUGCUGAAGGAUGGGAAGAGGGAGACAACCAUCAGCCAGCUGCUCAUCAAUCCCACAGACCUGGACAUUGGGCGUGUCUUCACCUGUCGCAGCGUGAACGAGGCCAUCCCCAGUGGCAAGGAGACGUCUAUCGAGCUGGACGUGCACCACCCUCCUACGGUGACCCUGUCCAUUGAGCCACAGACGGUGCAGGAGGGCGAGCGUGUCGUCUUUACGUGUCAGGCCACAGCCAACCCCGAGAUCCUGGGCUACAGGUGGGCCAAGGGGGGCUUCGUGAUCGAAGAUGCUCAUGAGAGUCGCUACGAGACAAAUGUCGAUUAUUCCUUCUUCACGGAGCCUGUGUCCUGUGAGGUUCACAACAAAGUGGGCAGCACCAAUGUCAGCACUUUAGUCGAUGUCCACUUUGCCCCCCGGAUUGUAGUCGACCCCAAACCCACAACCACGGACAUUGGCUCUGAUGUGACCCUCACCUGUGUCUGGGUUGGGAAUCCUCCCCUCACCCUCACCUGGACCAAAAAGGACUCAAACAUGGGGCCCAGGCCUCCUGGCUCCCCACCCGAGGCUGCUCUCUCUGCCCAGGUCCUGAGUAACAGCAACCAGCUGCUGCUGAAGUCCGUGACCCAGGCAGAUGCCGGCACCUACACCUGCCGGGCCAUCGUGCCUCGGAUCGGAGUGGCCGAGCGGGAGGUGCCGCUUUACGUGAAUGGGCCCCCCAUUAUCUCCAGCGAGGCCGUGCAGUACGCUGUCAGAGGGGAUGGCGGCAAGGUGGAGUGUUUCAUCGGGAGCACGCCACCCCCAGACCGCAUUGCAUGGGCCUGGAAGGAGAACUUCCUGGAGGUGGGGACCCUGGAACGCUACACGGUGGAGAGGACCAACUCAGGCAGCGGGGUCCUGUCCACACUCACCAUCAACAACGUCAUGGAGGCCGACUUCCAGACCCACUACAACUGCACUGCCUGGAACAGCUUCGGCCCGGGCACGGCCAUCAUCCAGCUGGAAGAGCGAGAGGUGUUACCUGUGGGCAUCAUCGCCGGGGCCACCAUUGGCGCGGGCAUCCUGCUCAUCUUCUUCUUCAUCGCCUUGGUCUUCUUCCUUUACCGGCGCCGCAAAGGCAGUCGCAAGGAUGUGACCUUGAGGAAGCUGGACAUCAAGGUGGAGACAGUGAACCGGGAGCCGCUCACCAUGCAUUCUGACCGGGAGGACGAUACUGCCAGCGUCUCCACGGCAACCCGAGUCAUGAAGGCCAUCUACUCGUCCUUCAAGGAUGACGUGGACCUGAAGCAGGACCUGCGCUGUGACACCAUCGACACCCGGGAGGAGUACGAGAUGAAGGACCCUACCAACGGCUACUACAACGUGCGUGCCCACGAAGACCGCCCGUCUUCCAGGGCAGUGCUCUAUGCCGACUAUCGUGCCCCCGGCCCUGCCCGCUUCGACGGCCGCCCCUCCUCCCGCCUCUCCCACUCCAGCGGCUAUGCCCAGCUCAACACCUACAGCCGGGCCCCCGCCUCUGACUACGGCCCCGAGCCCACACCCCCUGGUCCUGCUGCCCCAGCUGGCACCGACACCACCAGCCAGCUGUCCUACGAGAACUAUGAGAAGUUCAAUUCCCACCCCUUCCCCGGGGCAGCAGGGUACCCCACCUACCGACUGGGCUACCCCCAGGCCCCGCCCUCCGGCCUGGAGCGGACCCCGUAUGAGGCCUAUGACCCCAUUGGCAAGUACGCCACAGCCACGCGCUUCUCCUACACCUCCCAGCACUCGGACUACGGCCAGAGGUUCCAGCAGCGCAUGCAGACUCACGUGUAGGGCCAGAGCCUGGCCGGGGCGUCUCUGCGGGGCAGAGGAGAAGGCUCUCACAGCUGUUCCCUGAUAUUCAGGGGCAUCGCUUGUUGUUGCUCCCCGUCCUGGACCGGCCUUCCUCCUCCCACCAUGGCAGACGGGGAGCAGGUCUCCCGGAAACACCCCAUCCCCGAGGAUGGUGCUCUGUGCAUGCCCCAGCCUCCCGGGCCUGCCCUUCCCUCUUCUUCGGGAGGAUGUGUCUCUUCGGACCUGCACUCUCGCCUGGACCCAGCAUGGGGACAGGGAGAGUGGAGGGUGCCUAGAGCAGAGGGGGCACUUGCAGCAUUCCCUUUCUAUCCCACCCCUCUGGUCUCCUGUGAGUGGACAGGGUGGGGUCAUGUGGGGAUGAGCGGACUUUGACCCAGGGGACAUGAAGGAGGGUGGGUGGCUCUGGCACAGAGAGAUGGAAACGGGGCAGCCUGGCCAGUCCUCCUGUCUUCUGCAUGGGGUGCAUCUCUCCCUCCUCGGGACUGCAGGAGGGGCCUUGGACUGAUUGUGGCCCUGACCCCGAGUUCAGAUCUGGCUCUCAUUCAGCUGGGAUUAAAUGCCAGUCAUCCUGGUGGCCCACUGUGGACACCUGUCUGUCCACCUGCAGAAAGAUCCAGGUACCUCCCAUAGUGCUGUCCCCUUUCCUUCUCUGUGCUGGGCCAGCCAGAUGAGUCAGGGGGUCAUGGUGGAGAAAGAAAGAUCAGGAACCAUGUCCCGAUUCACCAGCAGCACGGCUGUGUGCUACAUAGCAGUUUCCAGAGCCCAGGCUAGAGGGAGCCCACCCAGGCACCCCCCUCCCCAGUCUGCCCCACUUCCUGGCUUUAACUCUUGAGCCUACCUGGGGAGUGGGGGUGGUGAGGAUGGAGGUGCUAUAGGCUAUUUUUCAAAGACAACAGAAAACAAUAAAAACCUCAUUGUGGGGGGAAAAGAGGAAGAAAUUGUAGGGCAUCCCCUACCCAAAUCUAAGUCCCAGUGGAAAGGAAAGGGGGCACCCCUUCACCAGAUUCCCAGUACCUUCCAUGACUCUUUCAAUCUGUAAGCACUUUGAAUCCAUUUUUAAACAUUCAGGUGGUGAGACCUGUCACCCAAUGGGCUCUGAUAGGACAGGGAGGGGGCCUGGCUGUCCAGCUCCCCUCUCCUACCCUCGGGCCCAACAGCUGGUUCGAGAGGCCACUUUCCAGGGGCAAGGGAGGUGUUCUCUUAGACAGGUUUUGGUUUGUUAAGUGUCUUUUUUUCUUUUUUUUUCUCAUGGACCAAUCAGAUUCCUUCUUCCACUUUCAGUGCCUUGAGUGUCCAGCUUUGGCCGACCGGCCCUGUGUGGGUGGCUGUACAGGGAGCCGGUACUGUGAGCCCCAAAUCACUGUCAAGUUUGCAAAGUUUAAGGGACAGAAGGGUGAGGGGGCUUGGAGAGGAAAGGAACCUGGUAAGAGGAAAAGGUGAUGGGGAAAGAUAAUGUGGAAGGGCAUUGCAAGCAGGCGCAGCCCCCACGCCCACCGUCGUCCCCGCCCCACACACCCACGCCCGCAUGCGCAUUCCACAUCCUCAGCAGCCACCUGACCAAAGAGAACCGGCGCUCCAAAGAAAAGUCACUCCCCAGCCCCAGCCUCCCCGCCCCAAAAAGCAGGAUUUGCCGUUCCCCAAGCGUGGCGCUGCCACCGUUGCAAUUCCCAGAAUGCUCUUUGCCCUUUCUCGUGGUCACCAUCCAUUAGUCAUGUUUGCUUUAAUGAGUUACAUGCUCAUCAGCCACGGGUUAUCACCACCUUUGCGGAUGGGUCUGUGGGGUGACGUUUCUUCCAUCCCCACUCUGAUAAGGACCAGCUAAUAGCCAGGAAGUAAGUAGCUCCGGUUUCCAGCCUCUCAGGCUGUCUGCGUCCUCGAGCAUUUCAGCAGGGGCAGGUGCCGUGGACUACCCCUUCUGGAGGCAUCAUACAGACUCCUGGCCCUCAUCCAUCCCUACCCCUGGAAGCUGACUCCUUGCGGAGUUCUUUUCUGUGAGCUCAGUGACAAGGUCUGUGCGAGAUGCAGGUUCCUGUGCAAAUUCAUGCAUAUUUUGAUUUUCAUAGAAGCCAUGGGUAAUCUAAACCAUUAAAGUCUAAAGAUGUUGGCUUUUUAAACAGGAAUAUUCCAGAAAAACCUUUAUUUUUGCUUGGGGUUUGGCCAUAUCCUCUUGUUUCCUCCUUUUUGGUUUUAGUGCUGGGUCCAUGCUGUCAAGAUGUUGGAGAGGAGGAGGCCCUGAGGUCAUGAGGUAACUCAGCCGAUACUGCAGGGAGGGCUGGUUUCAGAAGCCUGAUACUGGGCUACCUCCCUGUUCUCUGUUGCUUAACACAUUACCUGGGGUGUCCUGGGUAUCAAGCCUACAAGGAGACAUUAGCAAUCAAGGCCGUCUGUGUCCUCGGCAACACACCGCAGUCUGGGUUGAUCAGAAUCUGAAUUGGGACCAACCUGUGAAGCCAGUGGAUGGAAUUGCUUUUCUGGAGAGUGGAAGUGAGCAUGGAGGGUUGUGAUCUAAGGCUGGAGUCCUCCAGCAUGGUGCCUCAGCACUUGCUGUGGUCAAUUUGAUCCUGACCGCCUUGGACAUUCUAGUCCUGGUGGGAAGAGCACGGGGCCAGGAGACGAGGGACCCAGCUCUGAAGCUGCCAUUUACUGAGUGACCUUGGCCUAAGCUCUUUACAUUGAUUGCCCGCUAUGUUCUGGUCUUUAAGAUGAGGGGGAGGGCUUGCAUAAACCCCCAGCUACAUUGCUCUUGCUGUUUUCAUUUGAUGAGGCGGAGGGGCCUGCCAUUCCUGGCAAGAGUUUGGGAACAGUGACUGAGCAGGUGAAGGAGUCGAAAGGUUUUUGUCUUGAAAUUUCACUGUGGGCUUGUUAGAGGGGUUACGAAUGAAUUUCCACUAGAAAAUCCCUUGCUUCUAAACAGCAACAAAAAGCAUGCCCUAAACCUCACUGAAAUGGAUGCAGCGUUGUCCUUUGGUCAUUGUGACCACUCAGAACCCUGACGGUGUUGCAAGAUGCCUCUGGCCAGGGCAAAGCAUGCUUUCCUUCACUGUACACCCAGGGUUCCGGCAAUCUUCUCUGGUGAGAAAUAGGCAGCCACCCUCCACCCCAACCCCCAGAAACAUUCCCGUGACCAAGGAUAGCAGACCGCACUUACUGAGCAAGGCUGCAGGCUGAGGUGUCUUGAGCCAGAGGGCAAGGCAUGUGCACAGCUGACCUUCCUCUUCCAGAGCAGGUCGGAAGAGGGAAGAGAGGGUCCAGCAGGUUUUGAUAUAAGGGCAGGAUCUUGAAGAGGUUCUUGUGAUUCUGGGUAACCCACAGUCUUCCGUUAGGAGGGCCCAGCCCGCAUCAUAAAUCCCAGAUCUGUCCAUGUCUGACCACUGAGUUUGCAUGAAGCAAAACUCCAGUGGAUCAGAAAGGAAAGCGGACAGGGAUGGGAGCAGUAGUAGACGCUCACAGAUGUCUUGCUGGGGAUGAAAGAGGUCAGUUUGAUCCCCCUGUCUCCAGGCAUUGUGCUGUCAUCCUGUCCCCGCAGGUGCUUUCCUCCUAAUUUCGAGGGUGGCCUUUUCUGCUUUACCAGGGUGGAGCAUACUGCCCUGGAGUCUCUCUUGCCCUGGUGCCCUCUCAUUAACUGGGCAGUGCGCUGUCAGGAGCCACAAGCCCUGGGCUCCUUCAAAUGGAAUCAGAUGAUCUCUCACUGUACUUGACCCAUGUUCAUAACAAUAUUGGGCCUCUUGGGUUUGGAGAAAACCACGUGACAGCCAAAACCCCCGUUGGACUGAAGUGAGUGGCUCCAUCACUGCCUUACACUUCGCUGUGAGGGCAGUUCUGUCCCCACUGCCUCGGAAACCCUGGCUUCUCCACCCGUGUAGGGCUGUGUGUCCUGGGCCAGGUUCGCUGCUCUGUGCCUCCACAGGCCCUUCAGCAUGUCGAUGGAGUCCCCUGAAAGGCAUCCAAAAGGCUUCCAACCCUGGUGGGACCAGCGAGGAGGUGAUAAAACAGUAACGGAACCCUGAAGUGCACAGACCAAGGGAUGUAAUUGGGAAGGCAUCUAUUUUUGUGAUGAAGCUAUAAAAUUAGCAUUUAAAUAUCCCCUUCCCUUCUCCCUGCUUCCCCUUAACCCCCCAUGGUACUUCCUCCUUUCCUGGAGGCCAGCCUCUUUCUGAAAGGCAUUGGCCUCACUUCCAUCAGCUGGGGCCUGACGUUCCAUCUCUGGGCUGGUGGAGAGGAUGGAAAGAUGUGGUUGGGAGGCUUCUGAAUUCGGGAGGCGGGGGAGGGGGAGGGGGACAGAAUCCCAUUCUUUUUACAUCACUGUGAGGGAGCUCCAGGCCCUGUCCCUGGAGAGAUCAUUGCUGCGCAGAAGUCACAGGCCAUACUGGGCAGUUCUGGUACAAGCCUGCCCUUGAAAAUAAUAAUAAUGAUGAUAAUAAUAACUCCACUUGCAUAGAGCUAUCACUCAUUCCUGCCAACCUCGUGUCUCCUAACCCGAGCUUUGGGAUGGCCCGAACCACUGGCCUUUGCAACUGUUGGCAGGCAUGGGUUCUUCUAGUCACUUCUGGAGAUCUUCAGAGGCUGCCCCCUGGGAGUACCCCUAACUUGGGAGAGAGCGGCCAGGUUGCCAAUACAGUCAAACUCCUGACACCGUCUUAACCAGCAAUGGUGACCCGGAAGAUAUGGCUGCCUCCAGUCACCCCAGAAAGCAGCCCAGGGCAUCCCACGGUCACCUAUGCUAUCACACUGCUCUUGGGAUUACAACCUUCAUUUCUGGCUCCAGCUGACUUUUCUCCACCCAGAUCCCAAUAAUAAACGGAUCCAUGGAUGAUAAUUAAGAGAAGAGAAAAAAAAUAUUAUUUUUGUUAGGACAGACCAUCGUAGAUUUUUAGCAAUGUGUAUCUGUGUGUCCCUCACACCUUUUCCUAUUCUGCCUUUUUUCAUUUUCCUUUUUUUUAAAUAUUAUGUACUAUAUUU